ACACUCUGGUACGCCGAGGGCGCGGGCGCCGCCGCCGCCGCGUCCGGCUGCGGGACGAGGGCGGCGGUGGAUGGUGGAGGUAGCGCGAGGUUGAGAUUGUGGAGACAGGAGGGAACCGGAUCAGGGUCGCGCUUCUCGAGUGGCACAACCUUUGGGGAAAAGUAGCUCUAUCACUGCAAAGACUCUUGUGAUCAUUGUCCAAGUCAUUGGGUUUUGCGACCAUCUUUUGCCGUAUCUCUGGCAGUAAUGAUUUACCAGGAUAGCUGAGUUUAUGAAACGUCAUUUCUUAAAAACAAGGACUGAGUUUGUGAAACUUCAUUUCUUAAAAACAAGGAACAAUUAUGAAAUAGAUUGCCUGGUUGAAGAACCAGACCUUAAGUUCAAUGGAUGAUUGACUUGUAGUUCUUUCAUCAUUCAUGUACCAUGGAACAUCAAAAUUCUGAGGGAUCGAACGAAGAAGUUGCACCUAUCUAUGUUCAUGUAUGUACACAAGUGCAUGCUACUUUUUGGGGCAAUGGCAGCUAGAUAAGUGCCAUUCAACAUGUCAGCCACGGGGAGGCCUUUGUGGAGGAGUUGGACUAGAAGCAAUUGGUUGUUAAGCUAGUGCAAGGAGAGCAAUCAGUAGUAUGCAAUUAAACAUUUUGGUUUCUAAUAUAGCACAGGGAAAAAGGAAAAAGAGGAAAAAAAUGAGAGCUCUGCUGUUAGAGGUGGGAUAGAGAAGAUGGAUAUAUAGAUUUUACAGGACUCUGGACCCUGGCGACAACGACCUCUUGUGGUGUUUUGUUCAAGCCAGGUUUAGAUUCUGAUAUUUGAAGCAACAGAGAUGGAAGAAUGGAAAGAACAGUUCAACAUGGAUAGGGAAUCCAUAUGUAACAUAAUCAAAUCAUUUGGGAGAUUUCAAGCUGGAAGAAGCGAUAUAAAGAUCAAAUUGGGAGGCUUCGGCUGGAGAAAACUUUGAGUGAAAUCCAAGUAUGAUACCAAACUUCUCAUUCCAAGUAAAGAUGAAUCUGACUGCACUCCUCAAUUGGGUGCCCAGGCAAGGUCAGGUGAGGCCUGAGCGCCUCAAUUUGGGUUUAGGAAGACGUCUUCCAUUGGGCACGGUCCUGAGCCAAGUGCUGGGCAGCUCAAGCGAGCACCUGAACCAGAUCAGGCUGGACUGUUUUUGGGCCCAGGUUAACUACCACUGUCCACAACCCUUUACAAGAACUUCCAACAACAGUGCCAUGGCGAGCAACCUGAACAAUACCAAAUUUGUGGUUUCUUUCAUUUUCUUCUCUUCUGGACUUGGGCUUUAUGAGGAUGAUAUGCCAAUCUGCAAUGAGCACAGCAUCGACGGCACCGGUUGGUACAAUGGCAGCUCUGACCUCCAGCUCGAGUGGAUCAAUGUGUACAACAACACGUCCAGAGGCGGUCGCUACAUCCCACGUGCAGUGGUCAUGGAUCUCAAGCCCAACACCAUUGACACCGUUAGAUCUGGGCUCUUUGGCCAGAUCUUCAGGCUAGAUAACUUCGUCUUUCGGCAGUCUGGCACAAGGAACAACUGGGCCAAGGGGCACUUCGCCGUGGGUGCAGAGCUCAUUGAUUCAAUGCUUGAUGUGGUGAGGAAGGAGAACCACGACUGCCUCCCAAGUUCGGUGGCUUCAGGCUUCAUUUGGAGGGUUCCAAGUCUGCCAUUCUUUAGGAGGAACUGGUUCUGGCAUGGGCACCCUUCUUGUCUCUAAGAUCAGAGAAGAAUACCCAGAUCGCGUGAUGCUGUCAUUCUCUGUUUUUUUAUCACCAAAGGUUUCUGAUACAGUUGUUGAGCUAUAUAAUGCCACUCUUUCAGUACAUCAGCUUGAUCAGAAUUUUGAUGAAUGUAUGGUCCUGGACAAUGAAGGCACUCUAUGGCAUUUAUUUCUGGACGCUGAAGCUUCCGAACCCUACUUGUAAGCAAUGACUGCAUUUCUACGAUAUUAUAUUAUCGUUUAAUGAAAUUGCAUCCUUCACCAUUAUUCAUUGUACCAAACUUAAAAAGAUCAGCCAUAACAUAUUGCCUUCUAUUCUUUUACUUUCAGAUUCAAUCACCUUUCUUUUUUCCUCUGGUUAAGCAUAUCGUGCCUUGUCUUAAAUCUUAAUACUUUUUGUUAACAUUAGUAAUUAACUGACUGUUGUUCAAAUUCCUGUGCCUUGACGCAAUUCUUUAUUCCUUUUCUUUUAAGAAUUCUACCGAAUAGUUCUACAUUAAUACUUUCUUAUGCUGUCUUGUUAUUUAUAUAGUAUAUGUCCUCAUUCAUUUCAGCAUAUCAUGCAUCUAUUGUUAGUCCAUUAGAUAAUCUGAUAAGAAAAGAAGCUAUCGUUUGUUAACUUUUAGCUUCAAGUCAUGUCUCUUUUUUCUGUUAUGGAGAACAUGUAUGAUGGCCCAGACUGAAUAAUAUAAAAUGACAGUAUGUUGAAGUUCUAAGUUCUCUGUGACCCCAAAGAAUCACUGUAUCAAUUGUUUAAUUUGGGUCUGUCCAUACUGCUUAUCGUGCUAUCUUGUUUAUUUAUCAUUUUUUUUAUGCUUCAGUUAGUGAUCUAAACAAUCUCAUCUCUGCUAUAACGAGUGUUGUCACAUGCUGCCUCCAGUUAUCUUGUUAUCUUGGUUAUGAUCUCCGAAGCUUGCUGUAAACUUGAUUUCUCUCCCUGCAUCCAAUUCGUCAUCAUAGUUUUUUCACCCUUGACAUCGAGGAGCUCUCAGCACUACAGGUCCCUCACUGUUCCUAAGUUGACCCAACAAAUGUGGGAUGCCAAGAACAUGUGCGCUGCUGAUCCCUGACAUGGUUGGUACCUAACUGCGUCGACCAUGUUACAUGGGAAGAUGAGCACAAAGGAGGUUGACGAGCAGAUGAUCAAUGUUCAAAACAAGAAUUCUUCCUACUUUGUCGAGUGGAUCCCAAGCAAUGUCAAUCGUGUGUAUGUGACAUUCCACCCAAGGGGCUGAAGAAGGCAUCCAUGUUCAUUGGGAACUCAACUUCCAUCCAGGAGGCGUUCAGGAGGGUCAACCGGCGGUUCACGGCCUGUUCAGGAGGAAGGCUUUUCUUGCAUUGGCAUACAGGUGAGGGCAUGAACGAGAUGGCGUUCACUGAAGGAUCUGAUAGCCAAGUACCAGCAGGAACAGGAUGCAACAGCUGAUGUGGAAGAUUAUGUGAAAGAAGAAUAGGGAGAGGAAGGGGAGGCAGCUUGAGUUGCUUCUAUCAGGAGAAUUUGUGCUCUUAUCUUGAUUUCAGCCGGUAUGGGAGGACUUUGGUUAUGCUUCUUUGAUGGAGGACAUGCUUCUGUAUUCGUGCGAAGUUUGUGUCGAACAUAACUCUCGAAUUUGAGUUGCCGAGUUGUCACGGACAAACUUCUCAACAAGAUGUUGGAUGUAAUGCUUAUGUGUGUCCGUGUCAAAUGGCAUGUUCAUGCCCUGUACAGAAUGUAAAGGGGCGGCCGAAGGCUUAUAAGUCUCAUUUUAGUUGGGUGGUGGCCUCUUUAGGCUUGUAAAUAUAGGUUGUGUCAUGUGGACACGUGCGAGAGCUUUUCGGUCUGUAAUGGAUCAUUUUACCUUUUGUUGUGCCACUGUUCAGAGCUUGUAAAGUCUGUUUGUAAUUUGCAUUGUCUAUGAAGUGUUUUU